AUGAUCCCAAGUAGUCCCAUCGAGGUGGAGCGAACGCGCAUAGGAGGGAUAACCGAGAUCCCGCGCAUGGUCUCGGGACUGUGGCAGCUCGCGGGAGGCCACGACGAGAGCAUUGACGUAGGAGGGGCUGUGAAGGAGAUGGAAUUCUUGAUGGAUGCGGGGCUUGACUGCUUCGACAUGGCAGACCACUACGGGGAUGCCGAACUCGUCGUCGGAAGGUUCCGCGCAACCUCCUCGAUGAAUAUCACUGCUCUCACCAAGUGGUGCCCCCCUGAAAACGGCCUGAAGUCAUUCGAGCAGGCCGAGCAGGCUGUCGACCGGGCGCUUCGGAGGAUGGGACAAGAUCGUAUCACACUUAUGCAAUACCAUAUCUGGGACUACUCAGAUGACACGUAUUGGCAUAACCUCUCACAUCUUCGUACGCUGCAGAGCCAGGGGAAGAUACAGCAUACCGGCCUCACGAACGUCGACGCGGCGCAUCUCGAGUUGCUGAUCGACUCCGGAUUUACGAUCGCAACGAACCAAGUGUCAUGCUCAGUCAUCGACCGACGUCUGGUACGCGGCAGGCUGGCUUCUGUAUGCACUUCCAACGGGGUCGGUGUGCUCGCGUACGGCACACUUCUCGGGGGGUUCCUGAGUGAGAAGUGGCUUGGGAAGCCAGAGCCCGAGGACAUGGACAGUCUCAACUGGAGUCUUCGGAAGUAUCUUCGGUUCAUCAGGGUGGCCGGCGGUUGGGACGCCUUUCAAGGCGUACUUGAUGCGCUGUCCAACAUUGCGCGCAGGCAUGACGUGUCCAUUGCUGCCGUUUCGACGAGAUAUGUGCUGGACAUCCAGGCCGUGAGCGCCGUCAUCGUCGGGUCCAGACUCUCUGCCGGUUCGUCCAAGUACACCGCAAGUAACCUGGCCGCGUUCUCCAUCAAGUUGUCCGACGAUGAUUAUGCCCUGAUCAGAGAGGCCCAGCAAGCGCUGUCAGAUAUUCCGGGCGACUGUGGUGACGAGUAUCGAAGACCGCCCUACCUGACUGCGGCCGGCGAUCUGUCCCACCACGUCAGUAAGACCCAGAGCGAAGAGCUCGAAAAGACAGUGGCCGCCGGAACGAGGAUUGAGUACUCUUCAGGUAGCGAGUGGGAGCCCAUCGCUGGCUACUGCCGGGCGGUCCGCACUGGCGAUACCAUCUUCGUCUCCGGAACAACAGCCAAUAGUCCUAUCCCCGCAACAUUGCGCGUUCUUGGUGGCAAGUCUGCUGGGAGCCAGACCGUUGCGAUUCUCGACAUCACCAUUCGGGCUCUGAAGGCCCUUGGAGGCUCACUCAGCGACGUGCAGGGCUCAUGGAUGGUUGUUUCAAUGUGA